AUGAUGGUAGUAAGAGUGGAGGUCGAGGGUCGACUGCGCGCGCGAAUUGAGUGGCCGCUCGAAUGUAGAAUUGAGUGGCCACAGGGUCGAACCGGGGAAACGCGUCCCUCCGUGAGCGCACUGCGCGCCCCCAAAGCCUUCGCGGCGCCCGAGGGCGAGCUGAGUGAACUCUUUAAAACCUGGGAUUAUUCCGGAUGGUGCACGGAUUCGGGCCUGUUCCCCAGGAAGCAGCCCCGACUAGCCCUCUUGGGUGAUGCAAUCUGUGCAACGCCACGAGGGUCGCCUAAGCCAGCUAGACACACUGCGCUCCUGAGGACUCAAGUGCCAUUCCCUGGUAAUUACAGUGACAUAAGCCUACUAACUACAGAAGGGAUUGGGGGAAGAGAAGCUUACGCGGGAAAAGAAUGGCACUUCCAAUCCGAAGACAAGGAUUUACAUUUCGCACAAACCGUGUUGGACCGGCUCAUUCCACUUGAAGAAAGGAUAACUCACCAAAAAACGCCGGUGUCACUCCUUCUCAAUGCGGUGCGCCGUGGCAUUGACCUCGCCAAAGUACCGACUGUAUCGGACCGUCCUAUGAGGGGGCACUUGGAACUAUCCAUAGAACCUUCAACUCUUUUUAUUCGUCCAGCAGUGCAUCGCGGAAUGCAUCAAGAGCCGCCCACACCAAAGGUUGCCACUUUAUCCAUGGCAGCCCUGGCGUUUGAACGGGGAACUGAAGAUCUCGAUGAUGGAGAAGUUUUACCAGAGCUAGAGGCUUCUCAAAAUAUAGUUAUUGAUUGCUCUGAGAGUCCGACGACAGCAGCAGAGUACUCACUCUCUCCACCAUCAGACCAGGAAAAGGUCGACGAGGAGGACUUCCAAACGCCACCCAAAAAAUCGAAUAUGAAUGUGCAGUCAUCCCCAGUGAUAAUUGAGUCUGCUAUAUUGAUGUCUCCUCCUCUCCCAGAGGAAGGGAAAUCAAACCUGUCGAUAAUAAAAGAGGAACAUGUGCUCGGCAGAAGAGAAGAUCUAAUUUUGCAUCGAGAGCCUCCUGUAAGCUCAGCAUCUGGAUCUGAAUCUGAGGAUCUGCAGUAUAGUGAUCUGCCUGUACUCGUUGCCGUGCCCGACCACACCAUGGCGGCAGAAAUACCAGGACCGAGCAGCGGAGCGCAAAGCGAAUCAGCUUCGCAGGUGUCCGGGUGCGUGCCUCAAUCCAGCAAGCUUGAGUCUGAGGCUCGAUCUAGCAAAGCCAUACGUCUUAAAGCGGCAGCACGGCGUGCCAAAGCUGAGUUGCGAGCUGUUGCAGCGGCCGCUACGAGAAAUGCACAUAGUGAAGACGACCCUGAGCGCCUUAUCUUUUUGGGAAUAGGAGUCGAACAUGACAAAUUGGUUGUGCGGCCGCCUCUUAUAAGGGCGUCACUUGAUGUUGCCACAAGUGUAAUUAACGUAAUUCCUGAUGCGGCCGAGUGGGCAACUCAGGUCUUCACCCAAGCCAAAGGUUCUUAUGAAGGUGGCUACUGGCAACAUUGUGUACUAGCUUGCUCCGCGAUCAUUACAUCAGCAGUCUCAACGUAUGUAACCCCUGCAUUAGAGCUUCGUGCUGCCUGUUGGCUGAAGCUCCGGGUUUGGCAUCAACUUAUUGCGGACUGCACAUUGACCGUGCAACGCCGUGGCGUCGCAACCCUAUCACUAUCAUGGGCGUAUGCACGACGCGCACAUGCGAGGCUAAAUCUGAGCAAUGCCAUGCUGGUGACUGGUCUUACGGACCGCGAUGCCAAUGAGCAAGCUAGGUUCGCCCUCAUAGAUGCAAAGCUUGGACGGAAAUGCGAUGGGGCAGUAACUGAAAAGUUUCGUGUAGGAGGUGGCAUCAGCUUCGAUGAUGACCCAAAUUUGCUUCGCGCUGGUGUUUUUCGAGGCCUCAAUCAAGUAUCUAGCGCUCGUAUAGAGCUCGAAGCUGCGAUGAAGACGCGACCACGUGAUUGGCGACUGCUUUGGUCCCUUGGAGAUUUGCUCGUGGACGAGGCGGGAAUUAAUUGCGUAUUGUUGCAACCAUCAAUGUGCCUGGAAAACCAAAUGAUGCCAUUGGAUCUACAGACACAUGCAGACACGGGCACUCGAACAAAGCAAUCGACUAGCCUCAAAAAUGCAUCUAACUUGGUUUUCAAAGCGUUCGUUAUCGCAGUUGAGACCAAAAUGCUUCGGCAUGUACCUCUCAACCUCAUGAUACGCUAUGGCAAUAUCCUGCUAGCUCGGCUUUAUAUGAAUCGUGCCAAGCUGCAGCGACCCAGGACUCCACAGGAAUCCCCUAUUCCACAGCAAGAUCAAGAUGAGAUCUUGAAGCAAGUGUCUGAUCUGCGCCGCAUUUCGAGAUCAAUACUCGAAGGCGAGAAUUUAAAAUGCCACGAAUCAGCAUCCCACGUGGCUGCACUCUCGGCAACAGCAAUCCUUCAGGCGCGUAGUUAUGGUCACCACGUAGCGCGCAUACUGUUCAGCACGAACUGCUUCGAUGGGGCUGAAGUUGAGGCUACAGAAGCGAUUAAUCUUUUUUCAUUGGCCCACAAAUCCAAGCCACGUAUUCGGUCAGUACAGCAACGAUCUGAAGCAUUGGCACACACCCUCCUUGCUAUGGCACAGACAAUAAAUGAACGCCAGCAGACUGGGGUUCAAAAACGCGCUGUUUCAGACCAAGGGCCAUUCCCUGAUAAUCAGAAGUUGUUUGUUGCAAACCACCGGAUUGAAACUGCCUUGAUCCUCGAUCCGUAUAGUUUCGAUGCCAAUUUCGCCCGUGCCGAUCUCCGAGGAGCUAGCGGCAAUAUAGCUGGUGCGCUCCGAGAUCUCUAUAACGCGUCUACGCAACUGACACCAUUUCCGGAGGCGCAAAUAGCGCGUGCUGCAAUAUUUAUUGAUCACAUGCAUGACUUUGAGUCUGGAAUGCAAUCGCGUCGCCAAGCGACCUGCGGGCUAGGCUUCUACUCGCAACUUGCUAUGCACAUCGAGGCGACUGGCACGGAUGUACGCGCCAAUACAGCCACCUCUGCCACACAUUCCCUGCAUCUGCAACUUUACAUCGGCUUCGAGGUAUUGCACAUGAGUUACUCCACAUCAAGACUCGGAAGACUCGCCACGAUGCAUGUCGCUGCAAAUGCUGUUGAGAGCUUUAUUUUUUUCUCCAAUCAAGCUACUGAUGCUGUCUGCCUCAAUACUGCUGGCAGUGUCGCUCGCGGUUCUGAUGCUAUGGUUCAAAGCACGCGGGCACAUGGGUGGAUAGGUCAGCUCGAACUCGCCCGCAAUCACCCCCUGAAGGCUGCUGCCGCAUUCGAGCAGGCACUUCCCAAGAGCUUUGCCACACUGGAUCAUUGGCAUGAGCCAGAUUUAGCCUGGUAUAACGAGCAUCUGGUGCAUGAUGCGGUACCGAGUACUUCUAGUGAUAUCGAUACGGAGCAAAGGGCACGCAUUUAUCAUCUUCGUGCGAGAGCCUACGCGGGAUUGGGUCAUUCAGCAGCUGCACUCAAAUCAUUUUCAAAUGCAAUCACAGCAUACACGGCUAUAUUACAGUCUCAAUGCUUGCCGACUGAUGCAAGAAUUGUCGCAUACGACCUAGCUGAUCGGCACAGACGCCCUCAGCGGUCUAAAAGAAUCAUAAAAUCGAACAGCCUUGCUGCUUGCAUGUCGCUUUCUACCGCACAGCUUGGAAGGGCCCUGGUAUAUUACCACCUGUCAAUUUUCAGAGUAGCUAUGAGGCUCAAGCUUGAAAAGAAAACAGCCAAUGGUACGCCACAGAUCCGGGAACCACUCCCAUUAGAGACAAGAGUGACCAAUGCUCAAUCACACCCUGAAAAUAAUUUAAUGCAGGUCGGAAUACCGAAUGCAAAUCACAACGCUCUCUGCUCGACCGUUCCCUUUUUAUUGCACGACGAACAAGACUCACCUGCGAUCGAGUCCACGGAAACAACCAGCCUGCAGUUAACAAGUGAGGAGCCUGCUUUAGUCAACCUCUCUCGGGAAGGUGCGCGCCAUAGUGAAGCUCUUGGCUUGCUAAAUAUUGAAGAGAUCAGCGAGGCUAUCAAGCAAAACCCCACUCUCAUAAGUGCUCGCCUCACACGCGCCGCAUUACACAUCGCAGGAGGUAACUUUGCUCUAGCUUUUGCUGAUUUUGAUGCAGUGUUGCACAUCGAACCACUUUGCACGAGGGCUUAUGUGAAUCGUGCGGUUCUCUUUUUCCAGCUGGGUAAAAAUACUGUCGAGGCUUUGACCAACCUGAACGAGGCGAUUGCGAUGAAUGAGGUGCCAAGAUUUUCCUUGAAUUCUUCCCUGGUGGGUCGGGCUGAGGUGACGAUGCUAGCAUUGGCCCUGUACAAUCGUGGUAUCUGUUAUGCGAUGGCAUCCGACUUUUGGAGUGCGAGGUCUGAUUUCUCACGGACGAACCAGGCUCUACUAUCAUCGGUGGCGAGUCUGGAGGACUGCAUAAAUGUAAAAACAUGCGACAACGAGCAGGUUCUCAAGCUUCUCAAUCGCACGAUAGUUGGUGCUUGGAAUAGCACAUUUUCCCAUCAGUCACUGUGCGACGUUGAUGAAGCUUUGGCAGUCGAACUAGGACUGGGAAAAAUAUCUACACGCUUCCGACUCUCGGUCAAGUCAGUCCAGAUGACUGUCUCUGGGAUCGACGCACACUCAACGGGCCAUUCGGGAGAUUCUCAAUUGCGAGUAAAGCACGCAAGAAAAGUAAUCGUUCGGUACGUUCAAGUUCUUGCUCUCGCUCGGAAGACCCUGACCUUCGAUCAGCUUGCGGUGACAUUCAGCGGCCUUGGUCUGUCCCUCCACAAACUUUCUGAUGAGAUUGAACAAAACUCUUCUCCUACGCUAAACCCGGAUUCAUCGAUGCUGCAUUGGAAAGCACGUGUGACAAGACUGUGUACUUGGAAACAUUAUCUUCGUCUUUGGCCUGAUAUGCUCCGCUCCUGGGUCAAGGGAAGUGCCGCGCGUGAUGAGGCCCUUUCUCACAGUGUAGCUUUUGUUGCAAAGCAGGCGCUUUUACAUGGCAUCCACACUAACCCUACAUCACCGACGCUGCGUUUUAAUCUUGCCAUGCUCAAUGAGGUGAAGCGGGGCACACCAAUCAAACGAAGGCAGCUUAUCGCGAGUGUGCAGCUAGACCACACACACAUACUCGCCAGGGCGGCUAUUGCGGCGGACGAGAGUGACGGUGGCAAUAGCUUUGGGUCAGAGUUGCAGCUCGUCGACGCUCUCUAUAGCCUUCGAUCCCUUCGCUGGCAGAUUCGGAACACGUCUGAACUUGGUUUUCAGGCCUUGUUGUCGCAUUUCUCCGCCCAGCGUAUUCUCAUUCUCACGAACAUUGCUGUUCUCCACCAGCGACGUGGGGAAAGCAAAACAGCCAAAGCUCGGUAUCAACAAGUCAGGGAGCUUAGUUCGCAUCUUUUAGGAGGCCACAGACAGCUUCUUGUUCACGCACGAUGGUGUGAGGCACUUGCGCUUCAAGUCCAGCCUGGAUCCAUAAAUACUAGCGUCUCAAAAUGGGACCCUGUUCUCAUGUCUUCGUGGCUGGCACGUAUUGCCCUAGGUUCAGUAGCUUUGUUGCAAUUGAAGCGCUCCAACCAUUGGAAGAGUCUAAUGAUUUUGAUGGGCCACCUUGAGACUGCAAUCGCCCAACUUGAUCAUAUGAGUAGAGUGGCUGUGGAUAAGCCGUCGCCGAUUAUCGAUGGUUUACUCUGGUGGAUCCUGCUCGCCGAGGUGGCCGCGCAUCCCAAGCGUGGUUCGUUGGCCUCCGCUCAGGGCAUUUAUAAUCAAUGGGGCCCGACUUCUCCUUUGUCUUCCUUAAAUUAUCAGCCUAAUGGGGGCCACGAAAGGCCAAGCGGACGGAUUAUCAUCAUCCAGCCAAAUGCCAUCGUGAAGAUUAAUACAGCCACGAUCCUACGAGAAGAUGCUUUGUUUAGGGCCAAGCAAGAACAAGAGGCAGCAAAGAUCAAUGCUUAUGAAGCAGAAUUGCGGGACAGCAGUGACUUUCACCGUUGGCAGACAGAGAUGCGUGCCCAGGACCAGAAGACUCGCUUGGAGCAGAUAGCCCGGACGCGAGUUCUUGCAAAGGCAUCCGCUGAGGAGGCGCACCAAGCUAAGCUAAAUCAGUUGUUAGAUAACCGACAACUUGCGGCUCGGGGUGUCGAGGAGGGCCGUGCUAUGCAGAAACAACGUCAGCUUGAGACAGAAAUGACGUUAUUUAAAAAAAAGCACCUCGUUGGGGAAGUUAAGGAAGAGCGCGAGACUGCACCGAAACUUGCGGUCGAGAGCGUCCUGGAAAGGAAGAAUCAAAUUCGCAAGGGCGUCCAGCAUGACAUGGAGACGCGGCUCAAGCACCGCCAGGAUGAAAAUGAUGCGCGAGCAAAGGCGCUGGCCGAGCAUGUCAAGCGACUCAAAGCAGAGCAAAGUGUCCACCGAGACCACACAAAUUUCUUUGACCCAACAGACACAGUCGGGCUUGGCCUGCUUGAUGAGAUGUCCCUGGUUGAGAUGCAGGAGCGCCUCACCAGAAAUCGCAAGCGCGAUCAGGAGAACUGCGAGCAGAAGCGUAAAGAACUAGUGGUAGCCAGGAACGCAAAGCGCGAUCGUCUAGCAGAGCGCGUCAAGAACAUAAAAAAAGUCAGAGAGGCCGCUGCCGAGAAAAAUCACAAGACAAGCCAAUACCAGUCUCAAUGUGCUGCUGAUCUCAAGACUGCUAUCCAGCACCGGGAGGAGCGCCUUCUCUUAGACCUUGUCGAAGAGCUUGAGAUCAAGCGCACAGUGCUGAGCAGCUACCGCGAAAAGCUAAGGGAUGAGGCGGAACGAACUAAGAAGGACCAGCUGUUUGCAGGCGCUGGCGAGCAGCUCAAGGAGAAGAAAGCGCACGAGGAGCUCCUCAAAGGGGCUGAAAGAAUGGCCAAGAAUACGCAGCGCCGCUCGCUCGAGAGAACCGCGAUGUAUGAGACCACCAAAUCGAGAGAACUCCACCAGAAUACUCACAAUCGCAUACUUAAAGAAGCGUCGCAUCGUAAGACCCAAACUCGUAAGGAAGGAUUAGUAAAAGAGGCGGCACAUGAGAUGAUGUGUAUUCAAAAAGAAGAAAUCGCUGAAAAAAAAAAGAAAUACUUUAAUCAAAAAAAGGCACACCGAGAAAGGAUGGAGACUAUUGUCGACCCAUAUACUGAGCGCAUCAACGAGCUGUCAGUAACUCGUGCUCGGAGACAUGCUGCUCACAGGCAAGAGGUAGCCCUUGGCAUCCAGUAG